CUCAAAAUAAACCCCCUCCACACGAUCCCCCCUCCUAUAAAACCAACUCACCACUCUGCUUCCCCUUCUCAUCCUUUCAAACAACUCCCCACAAGAAAAAAAACAGAGCUUUUCCGUGCAGAUUAAUUCAGUGAGAGUGAGAGAAAAUGGAGGGAAAGGAGGAAGAUGUUAGACUGGGAGCUAACAAGUUCAACGAGAGGCAGCCGAUCGGAACGGCGGCUCAAACCCACGACGACAAGGACUACACGGAGCCGCCGCCGGCUCCCCUGUUCGAGCCAGGGGAGCUCACUUCCUGGUCCUUUUACAGGGCCGGAAUCGCCGAGUUCAUCGCCACUUUCCUCUUCCUCUACAUCAGCGUCCUCACCGUCAUGGGCGUCGUCAAGAGCCCCUCCAAGUGCUCCACCGUCGGAAUUCAGGGCAUCGCUUGGGCCUUCGGAGGAAUGAUCUUCGCCCUCGUUUACUGCACCGCCGGAAUCUCAGGGGGACACAUAAACCCGGCGGUGACGUUCGGGCUGUUUCUGGCGAGGAAGCUGUCGCUGACGAGGGCGGUGUUCUACAUGGUGAUGCAGUGCCUCGGCGCGAUCUGCGGCGCCGGAGUUGUGAAAGGGUUCGAAGGGAAGCAGCAGUUUCAGCUUCUCGGCGGCGGUGCUAACUCCGUUGCCGGUGGGUACACCAAGGGAGAUGGGCUUGGUGCUGAAAUCGUCGGCACUUUCGUCCUUGUCUACACCGUCUUCUCUGCCACCGACGCCAAGCGUAGCGCCAGAGACUCCCACGUCCCGAUUUUGGCGCCACUGCCAAUUGGGUUCGCGGUGUUCUUGGUCCACUUGGCGACAAUCCCGAUCACCGGAACCGGCAUCAACCCAGCUCGGAGCCUCGGCGCCGCCAUCGUCUUCAACCAGGACAAGGGCUGGGACGAUCACUGGAUCUUCUGGGUGGGCCCAUUCAUCGGAGCAGCGCUGGCAGCUCUGUACCACACGGUGGUGAUCAGGGCCAUUCCUUUCAAGAAGUGAGGCCUUGAAGAUCAACGGCUACGAUUUGCUUUUGCUUGUGGUGCUCUGUUUUGAUGCCCUGUAAUAUUUAAUAAAAAAAAUCUCGUUUUCUUAUUUCUGCAAUUGAAGUGAACAUUUUCUCCCCUUAUGUGUUCUUAUUUUCAAGCUGUGAGGGGGGAAUAUGCUGAGUGGUGAACAUGGGUGUGAUGGAUGGUGGGCCCACAGCUUAAGCUGAGGGAUGGGCCCCAGUGUUUGUAAUUAUUUGUCAUGUGGGCUGUGGCUAUGGGCUCUGAGAUAAUUGAAAUGAAAUGUCGUUUUCCGUCUUUGCCGACCAGCAAAAAACCUACUACUCUACUCUCUCUCCCCUUAUCUAUCGUGACGACGUCUA